AUGAUAUUGAAAGUUGAAGAACACGAGACCCCCGGAGUCAGCGUGGUCAAAUGUCUUGCCGCUCAGUUACUCAGCGUGGAUGACGAACGCUGGGGCAACAUCCCCAGAGAAUUCAGCCAGCACAGACAUAUGACCCGUAUUUUGAAUCAUGGUCCCAUUGACGAUACCCCAGACCCAGGUAUGGGCUACACAACCGCAGGCGAGGGAGAGCUGUGUGAUCUUCACUCAAUGAAGGACGUACAACAUUCCCACGGCUUUAUCCGGGGUUUAAUCGCCACCCAGCACACGUCUUCAUCCGUUACAACUAUUCUGGGAAGGAGAAUGGGCCCCAGCGCAAAAGCACGGAGCUUCUUGCACAUUGCGGAAUGCGGUCCGAGUCCGGGGGAAAGGUUUAAGCUGUUUUAUGGAGUCGACUCCUUGCAGCCGAUGGAGCUGGCGGAUGGUCCUUUCCGCUUCCCCCGGGUUGGUUUUCCUGGUUCUCGGUUGUGA